AUGACGAGGGAAUCAACGCGAUGGGAAGUCGGAGUGAUGUUAGAGGACAUCGAUUUGGCUCUGAUCGAUGUUAACUUGGUAGGGGAUCGAGGAUCGGAUGCCCAACCGUCGACUGGAGGCGGCCCUCGACGUCGGGCGGAGCUGCCCGAGACCAUCAGGACUUUCCUUGAUCGGCCUGAUGAGGUUGCUAGAGACGACGUUAGAACGAUCAUCAAUAAUUUUGAGAAGACCCAACUGGUAGAGCUCCUUGCCCAUGCUUCCACUAUAAGCAAGGAAGUGCGGGAUGCCUUGAGAGCAGUGGUAGGGAGUAAUGCGACCUUCAGGAGGCUACUGGUUAGGAAUAUAAGUUUUCAAAGCUCGAGUGAUACUGUUAAGAAUGCCCUGGGUAAAUUUGGUGUGAUUGAAGAGGGUACGGUCGUGUACGAUCGUCACACUGGGAGGAGUAAAGGGUUUGCAUUUGUUACAUUUGAACGCGUUGAAAGUGCAUGCGAGGCAGUUAGCUGCUCUAACCAAGGAAAGAUUUAUCUGGAUGGUCGACAAUUGAUUCUCAAGUUUGCUGCUGAUAAGAUAGACCACGAUCAACAAAUGGGGGUCGUUCAAGCCACUCCCAGUGGUGCUGAGAGGGAUAAGUCUGUCGAGAUGUCGACGUCCUCUGUGGGAGGUGGUGGUGGUGGUCAGACGACAGGUGGAGUAGCGUCAUCCUCUGACUCUGCGAAUAGGGGAGGAACUUAUUCCAAUCAAAGCAUGCGUAAAUUAUUCGUAUACAAUCUUGCACCGUAUACUACGUCUGAGACUUUAAGAGAAGUAUUUGGAAAGUAUGGUCCAAUGGAUGAGUGCAUUGUAGUUUAUGACUCUGCUGGAAAGAGCAAACGAUAUGCGUUUGUAACGUAUAGUAAUGUAGAAGAUGCUUGGGCUUGUUUGGAGGAACCGCAUAAAACGGUCGAUGGUCGAAUGACAUUCACUCAUCUAGCUUCUGAGGGGAGUGGAGAGUAUGGGAAUCGGCGAUCUCGCAGCAACUUCGCUGGGACCAAUCGGGGGCCGCCCCUACGGGGUCACUCUCCGAUUGGCAGGAGCGCUGGGAUCCCUCGGAGCGGUUCUUUAGGAGCAGGAGCAGGAGGAGCAGGCGAAAGAACUCCAGGCGGCGGAAAGGGAUUGAAGAAGGGAUACGCAUCAGGCCCGUCACCGCAGGCCGCGGUCCAGAUGGGCUCUAUGCGGGGAACUCAACAACAAGAAGAACAACAAGGGUUGCCUAUGACUGAAUUGCCCACAACAAGUGAUCGAUCGCCGUUGGGCCGUCAAGUACGCCAACAGAUGGAGAGUGGGAUCCCUAAACACUCACAGCAAACUCCUUUUAUCGGAGGUCCACUGCAACAAGCAGCAGCGUGGUCCCCCGGGCCAGUUGGCAGUGUAGUAGCGUUAUCUGGUCUCAGGUAUGAGGAGCCCCCUGCACUCGUUGUCAUCAUAUGCGGUAUCAAGAGGGAACAUCUGCUAUGGACAUUCACGGCAGCGGUAGUGGAACCCAAUGUUAUCAAAUUGGGGGUGACCAAGCAAUGGUGGAGAGAGGCGAAUAAACCGGUGAUAGAUGAUCUCGAGGAUGACACCAAGGAGAGGAAUAUCAUUACAAAGCCACUGCGAGCUGGGACUAUGCUGUACGGCAAGAAAUGCACACGACUUGAUCAUCAUGGCAAUGGUGUCGUGCCGGUCUAUUCUCGUGUUUGUAAGCAUCUAUAUACUCCUACCCAUCCUCGAGUCCUACCAGGGGAUACAGUCGAUCUUAGUAUCGAGCGGAAGGUCGACUUCUGGGAUCGUAGGACGUCUCCAAGAUACGCCCUCACUAUACAAUCGGGAGUUAAGACUAGCGACCUGCGAGUUACGGAUAUUCCAUGUGAACAUUUCGUGGAGGGUUGCAGUGGAUGCAAGAUACUUCCUCUGCAAUAUAAUGAACAAGUGAAAAGGAAAAUCCGUUUCUUCAGCAAACUGUGCCCAAGCCAACCUCUCGAGUUCCACAAGAGCACACCCGAGUUGGGAUUUAGUACCCUCAGCGUAGACAUCAUAUUCAACGAAGCCAAGACGACGUCUGGCUCGACCGUGCCAAUGGUGCAAUUCGGGACAUUGAGGUUCGACACAGGACAGAACAUGGCACUAGCUGAGUGUGCCUUAUUAACACCAUUGACGUCAAGGGUUCGUCAUGUUGCUAUGCUUGUUAUCAAGGAAGCUGUAGAGGGCACUCGUGGCCUCAGACGGGACUCUAGGCUCACCGUCUAUAGUGCGAGGAACGGCUCUGGUCUGACUCAACUCAAGGCAUUGGGUAGACGAAUCAAGGACGCCUGUGGUAAGGCAGUGACCGGAGUGGUGAGGAUCGAGAGCUAUCAAUAUGCUAGGGUUGAAGAGGAGGAAGAGGAGGUCUCGUCUCGUGUAUACGUCGGGGAUGUCCCACUCGUGGGUGAUGGAUCAUUACCAAUGUCAAUAGAAGGUUUCGAUAAUCCGUAUAUGCUGCAGACGAGCGGCUACUACCCGUCUCACAGCAGCCUCGCUGGUAUACUUCUCAAUACUAUUGUAAACAUGUGUGAGACUGACGAUCGCAUUGUGGAUUUAUAUGCAUCACGUACUCACGGCCUCUUCACCGGGCUCCUAGUUGCUGUCGGCAAUCCUACUAUUACAUGCGUGUUGGAUUCUAGAAUGGUCGAAGGCAAUCACACAAUAGCGUCUUCUUUCAAUGACGAGGAUGCCCAUUUCCUGGAAGUGUCAAAUCUAAGCACCCCUGAGGGUUUGAUCGACCUCGACAUAGAAGGACCGGUAGGCACUCUCCUGUUAACGCCACCUCCAGAGGAGGGAGUGUCAUCGUGUGUGCGGGAAUGGAUCGAUGAGGUUGCGCCCCAGAGGAUAGUGUAUCAUAAUACGUCCUUCCAAAGUGCUACCGAUGAUAUCAGGAACUUGGCCAAGAGCAAGCGUGAUGGUGUUUCGUACAGAGUUAUCGAAUUGAAGGGCUUCGAUACAAACCCUCAUACAAUGGAGUGCUCGAUAGUGUUGCUUAUGCAGAGGGAGGUCGAUGAGGCGGAGGCCAAGGCCGCGGAGGAGAGGCGAAAGAGGAGCUCUGAUAGCAGUAGGGAUUACCUCGGCAUCGAUGAGGAUGAGGAGGAGAUACACUGGAACAGUGAUGACGAUCUUGAUGUGGAUAAGCUGGUCGCUCAGUAUAGUGGCGGUGUACAGGGAGGUAAGGAUGGUAUAUACGAUCACACUGAGGAAGAGGAGGAGCAGGAGGAAGCACAUAAGGAAGAGGAAUGGAAGCUGCCAGUACAAGAUAUUGACCAACCUCCCGCGAUUACAGACGAGCAGGCUUCUCCAACGAUACCUGUGAACCCUCCUCUGCCUGGAUUCGAGGAGGACAACGAGGGGACUAGUGUACAGAAGCGAAGGAAGCGAGCUGAGGCCGUGGAGGGUGAUCCGAGUGUGCACAGGAGGAAUAAGAAUAAACGAUGGAAACACUAAC